CUAGAAAGAUGGGUGCACUUUGAUCAAUUUUAUCACAAUAGAAAAGAGCUCCCUGCUAGAUAAAGAUGCUGACGGCCAGAGUGAAAAGCAAAGCGGGGAAGGGCUCACAGUGACAGCACACAUGGCAUAACUAGAAGGGAGCCAAGAAGCUCCAAACUAAACCCUAGGUUGGGUUAAUGUUUGGUACUGCACAUGCCACAUGAGUUUAAGACCGUUUGAAAGCUCACACUCUAAAACAGUCAAAAUACAUGACAAAAGCUUAGCUUAGCUCAGUUCCCAAGGCCACACCGCCCCCCAGAUCCUCACAUCAGAAACAAUAAAAUACUAUGUAUUAAGACCCAAAAAACCAAAAAGAGUGAAAAAAGAACAGUGAAAACCGAAAAGCUAUUCGAGAUACAGACACCCCACCUCCACUACCACCCACCUCACUCUCCUAUUAUUGUCUAGAAGCCUCCAUUCCCCACAAUCCCAUCUCUCCCUCUCUCUCCCUCUCUCUCUCUCCCCCUUUCUCUCUCACACUCAUCUUGAUUUCUAAGUUCCCACUGACCCUUUAAGGACCUGUUUGGUUUCUCAAAUAUUUCCCAUCAUCUUGCUUCAAUCAUGGCUGUUUUAGUGUAUUUUGUGCUUUUCCUGGCCAUGACUGGCCAUUCAAGUGCUGCUGUCUAUUGUGUGUGUAAAGAUGGGUUGAGUGACCAAGCUCUUCAGAAAACCUUGGAUUAUGCCUGUGGAGCUGGAGCUGACUGCUCCCCAGUUCUUCAAAAUGGGGCUUGUUACAACCCCAACACUGUGAAGGAUCACUGUAGUUAUGCUGUUAACAGCUAUUUCCAGAAGAAGGGUCAAGCUUCUGGGAGCUGUGAUUUUGCAGGAACUGCUACCCAAAGUCAGACUAACCCUUCCAGCGUUUCAACUUGUGUUUAUCCUACAAGUGCAAGCUCCACAGGAAGCAGCACAACUCCAUCCACAACCACACCAUCCACGACCACACCUUCCACAACCACACCCUCAACCACGACUCCAAGCAGCACCACCAGUCCCUCAGUGUUUGGCCUAGGCCCCUCGGGAAGUGGUGGCAUCACCAGCACGGACUCCAGUGCUGCAGUGGCUCCCCUUCACUGCACUGACUUGUUCUUUUCUGCAGCUCUAACCCUCUGGCUCUCAGGCCUAGUGUUGUUGUGGGGCUGAUGGAUUUACACAUGGGGGAAACUGGUGGUGGGGUUUAUCUUUUGGAUGUGUGGAUGAGAUUUUACCACAUACAGGGUUGUAAUUUCUACAGUGGGUGGAGCGAGGGAAUCAUCUAGGGACAAACCCCACUACGGUUUUUGUUUCCUUCCUCAUAUGUUAAAAAAGCUGGGAAUUUGAUUCCGUUUUGAGUGGUGAUGUAGAACCUGAUCUCUUCUUUAGAUUUUUCUUCUCUUUUUGUAUAUCUAGAAGAAAGAGAGGCAGUAUUUUUUAAAUUGGAUGAGAAUUUGGCUACCAUCUACCUUCCUUGUUAUGGCUCACCGGCCUUUAUUAUAUUACUAUCCAUCUGAAUUCGUUGUCUUC